AUGGAAGCCAUUGUACACUGUGAUCAAGGCAAUCACACAUCCAUGUCCUGCUGCAGCCCGUGCCAGCCCUGCCAGCCCUGCGGCCCGACCCCACUGGCCAGCAGCUGCAACGAGCCCUGUUGCAGGCAGUGCCAGAGCUCCAACAUCGUCAUCGAGCCUUCUCCAGUGGUGGUGACCCUGCCCGGCCCCAUCCUCAGCUCCUUCCCGCAGAACACCAUUGUGGGCUCCUCCACCUCCGCUGCCGUUGGCAGCAUCCUCAGCUGUGAGGGAGUGCCCAUCAGCUCCGGGGGCUUUGACCUCUCCUGCAUCACCAGCCGCUACUGCGGCAGCAGAUGUCCUCCAUGCUAA